UCGAUCGAUCAACAAAGGAAAUGCGAUUGAAAAGCCCCGUGACCAGUGCCGUAUCAUCAUAUCGCUUCCAGUUCGACGCUGCUUCCGAUCUGCGCUCGGUUCGGUGGGUGUGUGGAAGAAGAAUGGUUAUCACCCGACGGAUUCCGCGACCGCUUAUCAUGCAGUUGAAAUUGUUAACCGUCGAGAGUAAAGACAUUUUGGCGCUCGGUAUAGUGUACGACUACCCACUGGCCAACUUUGUCACAUGCCGCCGCAUCUACGUUGCAUUUGAAAGCGCAGGUCACGCGCACUUUCGGGCAGACAUUCGGGUGGUCUGAAAUCUCUGCUCGCUUCGCGGUUAAAGUAGCACCACAAGCUUAGCUCCGUACCGCUGUAAACAAAGCACUUUCUCCAGGGGACGGUGCUCUUAGGGGCACCAAACGGGGCACGAUAGAUAUCGCCCGACAAGACCUUAUAUCCUACAUGAUCUAUUGAACAGGAGAGCAGUGCUUGUAGCAGGCUUAACGCCAACAGACUCUCCCCCUACUGGGGCAGUUCCCUAUCGUGGAAGUACCUUAUUUCUUCGGUAUACCAGCGGUGAUACGCUCUAGAGUACCGCUAUCACCCUUAUCAUCAUCGGUCAGGUGUGCUGAUAACAGCCCAGUACCUGUGGAGUCUCAAGUCUCGUUAUGUUGUUUGAGUAUGAAUCGAACGUAUCAGGAGAACAGACGGUAAGGUGGUGAACCGAAGUUCCAUCUGCUUAGCAGGGCAAUGAAGAUAAGAGCCGCCCCAUCGUGUGCCAUCGUGGGUUAUUUUUUUUCUAAAUAAAUAAUCCACUGAAGUAGCUAUCAAUGCACCGAACGCGGAUUACACCGCCAACUGAAACGGCAAUCGACAAGCUUUAUCCGGUGAGAUUGCGGGGUACGGGCGGUCCAUUAUCGCGACAGAUUUCCGAUAAAGGUGUCUGAUAUCCGCACCAGAAAUAUUGCUUCUGAUUUGACGUCCCAGCAAUGACGGGGCCAAUUUGGCUCGGUGGCUCUUGGCGUGGGGUCACCAAUGAUUAGGAAUUAUUUUGGGGGGCGGGCGAACAGAUAAACGGAAUCUUGGGAGCUCUCGGCACUCUAUAAAAGACCCACGCGGAGGGAUAGAUUCUGCAAGAAAGAAUAGCUAGCAAUCGUCAGAACCUCACCAGCAACCAGUGUGAGGUGGACGCUCAAGGAAGCAAUGGGGAAAGGCGUAGAAUUACUGUUGGUGUUGGCGAUCGGCGUGUUUGGAAUCGCCAAUGGAGCAGCUGUUCCAAGAUCACCGUUGUCCACUAGAGACACGAACCUGCCGAUGAACUUCACCGCAGACAUCAUACUGAGGGAUGGAUACUUUCUCGAGCAGCACGAGGUAACGACGGCCGACGGGUACAUCCUGACGAUGUUCCGCAUCCCGGGCAGCCCAGCAAACCCGAUCCGGCAGGGCAAGAACGUAGCCUUCCUGAUGCACGGUCUGCUAAGUUCGUCGGCGGAUUAUGUUAUCUCCGGACCGGGGCGAGCCCUCGCCUACAUGCUGGUGGACGCCGGGUACGAUGUGUGGAUGGGUAAUGCUCGCGGCAACACCAACUCCCGACGCCACAUCUUCCACGAUCCGGACGCACGUAACACCAACUUCUGGGACUUUAGCUGGCACGAGAUCGGUUACUUCGAUCUGCCGGCCAUGAUCGAUUAUACGCUCGCGUACACCGGCCACACGUCGCUGCACUAUGCGGGACACUCGCAGGGCACUACCUCGUUCUUCGUGAUGGCAUCGCUGCGGCCCGAUUACAACAAGAAGAUACGCUCGAUGCAUGCCCUAGCUCCGGUAGCUUUCAUGAGCAACCUGCGGUCACCGUUCGUGCGCGCCUUUGCACCGUUCGUCGAUCAGCUCGAGUGGAUAAUGAAUAUGUUGGGCGUGAACGAGUUCCUGCCGAGCAACGACAUGAUGAUAAUGGGCGGUCAACGUCUGUGCGAAGACGAGUCACCGUUCCAGGAGGUGUGUGCCAACGUGCUGUUCCUGAUCGGUGGUUUCAACUCGCCCCAGCUCAACCGCACCAUGAUUCCGGCCCUUCUGGAGAAUGCUCCGGCCGGUGCCUCGGUGAACCAGCUGGUCCACUACGCCCAGGGCUACAACUCGGGACGCUUCCGGCAGUAUGAUUUCGGGCUCACGCUAAACCUCAUCCGGUACGGUUCGAUCCGUCCACCCGACUAUCCGCUGCAUCGUGUGACGGCUCCGGUGGCAUUGCAUUUUAGCGACAAUGAUUGGCUGGCGGCAGUGUCGGACGUUCGCCAGCUGCACGGCGAGCUAUCCAAUUCGAUCGGUCUGUUCCGUGUGUCUGAUCCGCGCUGGAACCAUCUCGAUUUCGUCUGGGGUAUCGAUGCCAACACGUUCCUGUACGAGCGGGUGAUUAGCUUUAUGGACCGCUUCAACUGAUAUCGGAACAUUCCUUGCGCUACAGGUGGACGCAAAGAAGGUAGAUUAGGAAGACCACAUCAACAGUGUGGUACAAGCUUAUUGGCACAAAUGGGAGGGAUGUUAUGGAAGGCCCAGGAGCUAAAAAUAUAACAUUUAUGAUUCCCUAACCGA